UCUGCAGACGCUUCAGGGUGAGGCAUUGUGGGAUACACACAACAGUUAUGUCGAAGAUGUUUUGAAUAUAAAUAUCAAUUUAAAGUUUAAAUGAUUUAACGUCAUCAAGAUGAAGAGCGUUUUCAUCCUCGCCGACAAAGCCUGGGCGGGUUCUACCCUACUGUAUAAGUGGCAGAAAACCCUUGGUAAUUAUAUCGCUGUUGCAGGACAGGACAACUCAGUGAAAAUAUUUGAUCGACAUGGACACAAGUGGACUGAACUCAACCUUCCGGGGCGCUGUGUGGGGAUGGACUGGGAUAAAGAUGGGGACAUUUUGGCAGUGAUAGCUGCAAAAUCCAGCUUCAUCUACCUAUGGGAUGCCAGCGUCAAUAAAACAUCCCAGAUAGACAGCGGCAUGAGAGAUCAUAUGUCUUUCAUCUUGUGGUCAAAAUUGGGCCCACUGUUAGCAGUUGGGACAGUCAAAGGAAAUCUGUUGAUUUACAAUCAGCAGACCUCACGCAAGAUCCCUGUACUGGGUAAACACACCAAGAAGAUCACUUGUGGUUGCUGGAGUGUUCAGAAUCUACUGGCUCUGGGAAGUGAAGACAACACUCUGAGUGUCAGCAAUCAUGAGGGAGACACCAUCAGACAGACAACACUUCGCGGUGAGCCUGCUGAGAUACACUUUUCAGUGGUGAAGACGGAUGAAAGGUCCGGUCAAGGAGAGAGCACUGUGAGUGUGUCUGUGGAAAAGAAGAUACUGAUGCUCUUCAAUAUUAACGACCCUGACAACCGGAUAGAGCUGACCUUCCAGCGCCACUACGGAAACAUUGUGUCCUACCGCUGGUACGGUGAUGGGUAUAUACUGAUUGGCUUCUCCCAAGGGUUCUUUGUGGUUAUUUCCACUCACAUCAGGGAGAUUGGGCAUGAGCUCUAUCAGGCUCACAACCAUAACCAUAGUCUCAACAGUGUGGCCAUCUCGGCAGCAUUAAACAAGGCUGCCUCAUGCGGGGACAACAGCAUAAAGAUCCAUGAGUUGUCCGAGCUCAAAGAUAUCAACAGUGUAGUUCGGCUGGAUGAUGAAACUAAAGGUCUGGACCAGCUGAACUGGACAGAUGAUGGCCAGCUGUUGGCGGUCUCCACCCAGAAAGGAACACUCCAUGUCUUUCUAACCAAGCUGCCCAUCCUGGGUGGCAGCUUUGGAACCCGGCUUGCCUACCUUACUUCCCUGCUGGAGGUCACUGUGUCCAACCAGGUGGAGGGGGAGCGUCCUGUGGCCAUAGAAGUGGAAGUAGAGCCUACUUUCAUUGCGAUGGGACCAUACCAUGUGGCUGUGGGAAUGAACAACAGAGCCUGGUUUUACGCCCUGGUAGACCAAGAACCUGGUUUUAAUAAGCUGAAGGACAUUGAGUAUUUGGGGACAAUAGCCAGCAUGUGCCUUAACUCAGAUUACGCAGCAGCGCUGUUUGAGGGAAAAGUACAGCUGCACAUGAUCGAAGGCAAAGACCAGGAGGAGAAGAAGCAGAUGAAGCUGUUUCCAGACGAUGACCGAAAAGGUCGGAUCCUUUGCCAUGCACUCACUGCUGACUUCCUCUACUAUGGCACUGAUUCAGGUAAUGUGGUGUGUGUCUUGGUGGAGGACUGGGAGACUGUGAACAGCUACAGCCAUUCUGUUGGUGUGAGGAAAGUGUUCCCUGACCUUAACGGCACACGGCUGGUUUUCAUCGACGACAAGAACAGCGGCUUUCUGCUCUCCCCUGCAAAUGCAACGGAUUCCUGCUAUGAGCUCCCAAACUUCUCUCCCACCAUCACAGGAGUGCUGUGGGACAACUGGCAUGCUGACAGAGGAGUAUUUGUAGCUUAUGAUGAUGACAAGGUCUAUACCUAUGCUCUGCACAAAACCACUAUAUAUGGCCCCCGGGUGGUGUUGGUGGGGAGCACCGCACUCCUCUUUUCCCAGAAGCCUUUGCUUUUGCACAAUGGAGAGCUAACAUGUCAGACGGCAAGCGGCAAGACCAGUGAAGUGGCUCUGAGUACGCACUCCUUCCUCAAGAACUCAACCAGCACAUCGACAGAUACGCUGCCGGAGCUCGGCACGCAGCUCGGCACGCAGCUCGGCACGCAGCUCACCCAGGCGCUGAUGCUCAAGAGGUUCCAUGAAGCCUGGGGUAUGUGUAAGUCUGCAGGUAGUAACACAGACUUGGCCGAGGUAGGCAAAGCCUGUCUGGUGCACAUGGAGGUUGAGCUGGCAAUCCAGGUCUACCGCAUGAGUGGCAAUGUGGGUAUGGUCCUUUCACUGCAGGGCAUCCAGGGUAUAGAGGAUAUGAAUUUACGGGCAGGACAUUUGGCAAUGUUUCUAGGUGACUACAACCUGGCCCAGGACCUGUAUCUGUCCUCAGGCUGCCCAAUCGCUGCCCUGGAGAUGAGGAGGGACCUGUUGCAUUGGGACAGCGCCCUUAUGUUAGCCAAGAGGUUAGCAAAAGACCAAAUUCCCUUUAUAUCCAAAGAAUACGCUGUCCAUCUGGAGUUUACUGGCGACUAUGUGAAUGCUCUAGCACACUACGAAAAAGGCAUGACCCACAAUAAUGAAUUCCAGGAGCAUGAUGAGGCGUGUAAAGCCGGUGUAGCCAGGAUGUCCAUCCGGAUGGGUGACAUCAGGAGAGGAGCUGCUCAGGCAAUUCAGCACCCAAGCAGAGUCCUCAAGAAGGAAUGUGGAGCCAUACUGGAAAGCAUGAAGCAAUUUUCUGAAGCCGCUCAACUCUAUGAAAAAGGACAGUACUAUGACAAGGCUGCAUCAGUCUACAUUCGUUGCAAGAACUGGGCGAAGGUGGGAGAGCUGCUCCCACACGUCUUCUCUCCUAAGAUCCACCUGCAGUACGCCAAGGCCAAGGAGGCGGACGGAAAGUAUAAGGAUGCUGCACAGGCCUAUGAGAGCGCAAAAGACUGGGACAACGUGAUACGCGUGCUGCUGGACCACCUAUAUAAUACGGAGGAGGCUGUUCGCAUUGUCAGGGAAACGCAAAGCAUCGAAGGAGCAAAGAUGGUUGCCAGGUUCUUCCUGGGGUUGAGCGACUACGGCUCAGCCAUCCACUUCCUGGUGCUGUCUCAGUGCAACGAUGAAGCGUUCCAACUGGCGCAGCAGCACGGACAAAUGGAGGUCUAUGCAGACAUCAUCGGUCCUGAGGCGACGCAGGAGGACUACCAUAGCAUUGCUCUCUACUUUGAGGGAGAGAAGAAACACCUGCAGGCUGGCAAGUUCUUUCAGAAGUGUGGGCAGUUCAGCAGAGCCCUAAAGCACUUCCUGAAGUGUCCCAACACUGAUGACAACCUGGCUGUUGAGAUGGCUAUAGAGACGGUGGGUCAGGCCAAGGACAGCUCUCUGACCAAUCAGCUGAUAGAUUACCUGAUGGGAGAGAGCGACGGUAUGCCCAAGGAUGCCAAGUACCUGUUCCGUCUGUAUAUGGCGCUGCAGCAGUACAGGGAGGCUGCUCGCACCGCCAUCAUCAUCGCCAGAGAAGAGCAGUGUGCAGGGAACUACCGUAAUGCCCAUGACGUGUUGUUCAGCAUGUACACGGAGCUGCAGGCCCAGAUGAUUAAAAUCCCUGCUGAGAUGGCCACCAACCUGAUGAUCCUCCACUCCUACCUACUGGUCAAAAUCCAUGUAAAAAGGGGAGACCACCUAAAAGGGGCACGCAUGCUCAUUCGUGUCAGCAACAACAUCAGCAAGUUUCCUGCACAUGUUGUUCCUAUUCUGACGUCCGCGGUCAUCGAAUGUCACCGUGCCGGACUGAAGAACUCAGCCUUCAGCUUUGCUGCCAUGCUGAUGAGACCGGAGUACCGGAACGAGAUCGACCCAAAGUACAGGAAGAAGAUCGAGGCUAUGGUUCGACGUCCAGACACAUCGGAGCUGGAGGAGGAAACUACUCCGUGUCCCUUCUGUGGCUUUCAGCUGGCACAGAACGAACUGCUGUGCAUCUCCUGCAAGAACAAUCUGCCUUACUGCAUUGCCACGGGUCGUCAUAUGCUGAAAGAAGACUGGUCUGUGUGUCCUCACUGUGAAUUCCCCGCUCUCUACUCACAAUUCCUUCUGUUGCUGGAAACAGAGACUGUGUGUCCCAUGUGCUCGGAGACUCUCGGCAUCAAACAGGUAAAGAAGAUUUCUGAUUGUUCCAAAUACCUGCAGACUGAUGAACCGGAUCAAUGAAGACGGAAAAAAAAACAAUCAUAUAUAAAAAUGUCAUGUCAUUUUGUAUUUGCUUAAAUACGUCAAAUAUAUAUUUUGGAUAGAUUGUAUGCAGCUUCUAGUUUUGUAUGAUGCAUUUCAAAAGAUGCUUGAUAUGCCAACAACUGAAAGACAAAUCAA